UGAUGUCUUUACUGUCUGCAGGCUGAAUACUGCGUGUGUGUUAAUGCUGUGAGUCUAUGAUAAGAGAACAUUUGACAUUUAAACUAAUUUGAUUCCUGCAGAUCUACAAAGUGUAACGUUGUUCAUGCUGUGCAAAUUUUAAAGGUUGUGUUGGGAACCAAAGUCUAAUUAUGAAAAACUCUACUCAGGUUUCAUAUUUCACUUUUGGAGCAUACUUUGAUAUUGGGCUCUUUAAAUACUUAAUGUUUCUGAUCUUGAUGUGUUUUUAUGCUUUAAUUAUCUGUGCCAAUGUGUUGCUGAUUGUGGUUAUCUGUGUGAACAGGAGCUUACAUGAACCUAUGUACCUUUUUCUGGUCAGCCUGUUUGUAAAUGAACUGUAUGGUAGUACAGGGUUGUUUCCAUUCCUUCUGGUUCAGAUCCUCUCUGACAUUCACACUGUUUCUGCUCCCUUCUGUUUCCUGCAGAUUUUCUGUGUGUAUACUUAUGCAGCUGUACAAUUUCAUAAUUUAGCCAUAAUGUCUUAUGACAGAUAUCUUGCUAUCUGUUAUCCUCUGGAGUAUCACACACGUAUGACAUCUAACAAGGUUGCCGUGCUUAUUGCUCUGACAUGGUUAUUACCAUUUGUUGGAGUUUGUGUCACAAUAUCUUUAAGUGUUCCUUUACAGCUGUGUGGGAACAUCAUCAACACAGUUUACUGUGAUAACUAUUCUAUUGUCAAACUGGCCUGCUCUGAAACUAAAGUCAAUAACAUUUAUGGACUCUUUCACACUUGUCUUUUAGUCUUUGGUCCUCUCAGUUUAAUCCUCUAUACCUACAUGAGGAUCCUUAAAGUGUGUUUUUCUGGUUCUAAGCAGACGAGACAGAAAGCUGUUAGUACCUGCACACCUCACCUGGCUUCCACAAUCAACUUUUUCUUUGGUUCUUUCUUUCAAAUAUUACAGAGCAGGUUUAAUAUGAGCAGUGUACCCGUGAUGUUGCGAAAUGUUUUAUCAUUAUAUUUCCUGACCUGCCAACCGCUCUUUAACCCUUUAAUGUAUGGACUGCAAAUGACUAAAAUACGUAGCUUAUGUAAAAGUCUUAUCUUUGGUUCCAAUAACAUUUUGGGACUUGUUAAUAUAUUUACUGUAAUCUUUGGUCUUAUAAUCUUAAAUCUUUUCUCUUACAUGAGGAUCCUUAAAGUGUGUUUUUCUGGUUCUAGACAGACCAGACAGAAAGCUCUCAGUACCUGCACACCUCACCUUUUGUCCCUGCUCAAUUUUUCCUUUGGAGCUUUCUUUGAAAUAAUACAGAGCAGGUUUAAUAUGAACUAUUUACCCAAUAUGUUGCGUAUUUUUCUGUCAUUGUACUGGAUUACAUGCCAACCACUCAUCAACCCUUUACUGUACGGACUGAAAAUGUCCAAAAUACGCAUUGUAUGUAGACAUCUGCUCUUUGGGGGCGAAAGGUAA